AUGAGACCGCCAAGUGCCGUCACCCCGUCGGUGGGGCCGGGACCGAGCUGGAGCAUAUCCCCGCCUGCACCGCUCGACUCGCUGCUGGCCAAGCCAUCGGACCUCCUCUCGGCUGUGUCGGCCAACAACAGGAAGGUCGUGGCCUACCUCUCGCAUCCGCCACGGUUGGCUGCUCUGGUCUCGGUUGUGGUCGAUCCAGUUGUGUCUCAGCCUGGUGAUGAUCCGCAGGAAGUCUUUGAGCGUGCUUCGCUCGCCGCUCGCGUUCUGGCUGCAGAGCCCGGCGUGGUCGGCGAUGCCCUCGUUGCCACAUCGCUCGUUGAUCUCCCGCCCGACGCACUGCCUCGCGACUACCCUGUCCCACCCGAGAGCGAAGAUGCCGCCGCAGAGGCCUCGCUUGUUUUGCGACUGUUCGACAUGUCGCCCGCCGCACCGCACUCGGUCCUUGCUUGCGAAGUCCUCGCCUCACUCCUCCGGCGCCACGCCCCGGGCGUGGCUGAUCUUGUCCAUGCGCGCAAGGCGCUUGUCCGUGACCUUGCGCUCGCCUUUCCGCUUGCUGCGCCGCUCCUUGCCCUCCUCGCCGAACUUGUCUCCGAGCCGUCGUCGGCACGAUGGGUUGUCGACAUGGGCAUUGUCGAAGCGCUUGUGGCCGGCGUCCGCGCCCCGCUCACCGCGCUCCCGGGCACCGACGACGAUGCGUGUGCCACCCGUGACUCGGCACUCCUCUGCCUCCAUCAGUGGGUCGAGUGGUCGCGCGUCCCGGCUGCGCAUGUUCUCCGCGUCUACCUCUUCUCGCGACCGGUCGUCGUCCCACUUGUCAAGACCGCCACCAACCCGACAGAUACCAUCGCUGCCGCCGGCGCUGUCGACGUCCUCGCCGCCAUUGUGCAUGUCGUCGAGGCAUCGACCACCGACGCCGGUGGCGUCUCGCCGGCCUCUUCGCCGCGGCCGGUCGACACUGAAGCCCUCGUCGAUGCCGCCCUGGCCGUCGUCGGUAAUGUCAUCGACGCGCUCAACACCACUGUCGAAGCUGCUCGCCACGCUGCACCAGGCGCCCCGCCGCGCCUCGGUCUAUACGCAUACAAGCUCGUCCAUCUCCUCGCCAUUGUUAUCACUGCAGGCUCGCCGCGCGCGCUCGAGGCCUAUGCCAACGCCAAUGUUCCGCGCACCCUGCUCCGCCUCGUCGACGCCUUUCCGCUGCACAACUGCAUGGCCAACUACGCACACCAGGUUCUCGUCGCCACUCUGGCCACCACCCACGCUUCGAUCGAGGCUGCCCAGCUCCGCGAGACCAUGAUCCAUACCUCGGACGCCCAUGCCAUUCUCCUCUCUGCGCUCACCGCCGUGCCUGACGAGCGGAACCAGUGCAACCGCGGUCAUUUUACCUCGCUAGCGACGUUGCUCGAAAACUCGGGCGCACCGCCGCCUCGUGACCCAGACCUUGCUGCAGCCUGGUCUGUAUUUGUUGCCGGCCCACUCGCGGCCUCCAUCACCGUCGCCAACGCGCCGCUCGGCGGCUCGGCCCCACCGCGCCUCGACAUGUCGACCGACACCCUCGGCGUUGCGCCGCCGGCCGCCGAUGCACCACCGGCCGACGGCGACGGCCCCAAGCCCAUGUCCACCACUAACGCCCUCGUCGACGAAUACGUCAACCUCCGUGGCAUGGGCGCAAAUCUCUCACUAUUGCCUGACGACUUUGUCGCCAACGAUGUUGACUGGGACGAGGCAGGCGCACCCGGCGAGUACGAACUGCCAUCGACCCUCGACCGCGCCGCCCAGUGGACAGUCGAGCCCAUGGACUUUGUCAACCUCGACGACGACGCUGUCGGUCUCGUCGACUCUCCCAGACCAGACCCAGCAGAGCCCAUGGCCAUGUCUAUCGGCCCCGAAGCCACUCUCUCGUCCGUCUGGCAUGGCUCGGCCGCUGCCCGUGCCGCCGACACUGCCAUUGCCGACCGCCUCGCUUUGGGCCCGCGCCUCAUGGACGACCGCCCUCUCGACGCCGUUCCCAUCUCGGUCGCCGCCACAGAAUCCCGCCUCGCGUCAGCAGAGGCCCACGCCCGCACGCGCUUUGCCGAUGACAUGCUGGCCGAAUCGUAGCUCUCUUUCUCUCACCUCCAUCCGAACUCAGUCAAAAGCAGACCGCACAAUCCGUAGCUCAGGUAGCGUCUGGCGGACCUCGGCCACCGUUAUCUCGGAAAUGCGCUGGUCGAGGCCCCACAUGCUCAGCACCUCGAGCUUUUCGCACCACCGUGCCACCGCCCACAGCGACUCGUCCGAGCACUGGAAGCACUGGUUGAUGUCCAGUCGCCGCAGCUUCUGGUACGCAAACAGGAACGAGCCUAGCGACGAGAACCGCGUCGACGAAAUGAUGAGCGUUCGCAAGUUGGGGCAUCGUCCACCAAUCGCCAGCAGCCGCGCGUCGGUGCACGGCGCUGCGAGCGUCAGGUCCAGCUCCUCGAGCACUGGCGUCUUGAGAUUGAUCGAGAACUUCUUCGACAACUCGUUUGACCGGAACAGCAGCUUGCGGAGGCUUCGGCCAGAGACCGUCACAAACCGCGCGUUGACACAGUGUGAGAGGUUGAGCGUCCGCAGCGAUGCUGGGGCCAUCACUGCCACAUCGCCCACAAACCCCACGCACGACCCCACAUCGAGCGUCUCCAGCUCGGGCAUGCCGUCAAACACCUCCUCCACUCCAGUAAACUCGACCAGCGGACA